GCGGGUGGAGGCCGCUUGGGGCCGGCAUCCCCCAGUAACCGCCUCUUGAGAUACCCCGUCCCACCCCGGGAUGCUCAGGGCCGCUGGUCCCACGGAUCCCCGGGUCCUCUCGCACCGGCCCCCAAGCCGCCCGCCUCGCACGGGGGUCCUCCCCACCGGGAAUCACCGCUCCGACCUCUGGCUGUUCCCCAGUCUCUGGAUCCUCCUGCUGUCCCACACCCACACGAGGGGACCCUUCACUCCCUGUUAGACCCCCCCGCCCCGCUCCAGCUGUCCCCAUCUCCUCCCUCCCUCCUCCUCUUGCCUCUGUCCCUGCCAGUCCUGCCAGAUCCCCUCUCCCACCUCCUCCCUCUGACAGGGACAGGCUUAGAAGGGUAGAGGUUUCCCAUAGAGAUUUCCCACUGGGAGCCCUACCCUUCCCUCCGGGGUGGCCCCAGGGCUCUCCAAACCCUUCUCCACACCCCUCUGGGGACAGCAGAGCUGCAGUUUGUGCUGCUCUACCUCAGCUGCUGCUCAGAAGCUGUUGGGUGCUUCCCCCGCCACCCACCCUUCAAAGCCAGGAAUGAAUCCAUCACCCCCUUCCCAUGGGUGUUCGACAGCUGCUCUGGGACCAGUUCUAAUCCACAACUCCAUGUCCUGAUCCCCUACCCAGACUCAGAGAGAACAUCAGGUUAAUCUCAGACUCUCAUGUUUUCCCAAAUUACAUAAUUUCUCUAAUGCUGUCACUAUGUGUUCCUUUUAGAGAGAAAAUCCAAGAAGGGUGAUUAUGUGACAGCAGCAGCACAGGAACUUCCAUUUUCUUCCAGAGUCUCACCUCGUGUAAGAGCUGCUGUGUCCUUUCUAGACCUCAAACCACCCAGACCACUAGUGUUUAUUUGAAUCCAUGGCAUCAGGGGAUCCAGCUGCAUUCCAAGUAUCCUCAUGAAGCAAGGAACCUUGGUGAAGGAAUGGCAACUCCAAGGAAGGCAGGGAUCCCAUUAAGUGUCAUGAAGGUGUUGGAUCCACACCAGCUAAAACCUGAUAGCACGGAGACAGAAAGAAUCCUAACUGUCUUGGAUGAGACCAUUGUGAAGCUGGAGAUCACCAGGUUGAUCCCACAGAUUACUGGCUCCCUGGAGAGGUAUGCUGGGAUGCUGGGACCUGAGAUCACAAGCCGCCUUUUGGAACAUCAGAAGCUUUCAAUGGAAAUACAGCACCUGCUCACCAGCCCUGGAGAUGAGAAGAGCAUAAAAGCUGCAGAGCAACGCCUGAAAUGUUCCCUGAGAAACAUCCUGAGGCUCUUCCUGGCCAACCCCUUGCUUUACCAUGGGCUGAAAUACGAAGUUCGGGUGAGAGAGGCACCAGCUGAUGUGUUUGUCAAAGCCUUUAAGGAGUUCCGGGAUUUCACACUCGAGAGGCUCCUGACCACUCCUGAUGAAGAGAAGGAAAAGAUGCAAUUCAUGAAUGACAUUUCCCUCCAGGUUGAGAAAAACACAGAAACAAUCUCAGCUCUACGGGGAGAGCUGGCAGGAGUCAUCCAGACUCGAGAUGAGGAGGUUAGCAGGAAGGACAAAACAAUCAAAAACCUCAAAACCAGCAUGGAAGACAUGGCCAAGAACUGCAAGGCUAACAUCCAGCUGAUCAUGAAGGAAGGGGAAAAGCAGCAAAAAGAGGAUAAGGAAGCCUCCCAGGACAGGUGUGCCAGGCUGAAGCAGGACAUUCAGCGCCUGCGAACACAGCUGAAUGCACUGGUGCUGGAGCACCGAGCCUCAGAGCUGGUUCUCAGGAAGGAAAAGUGCAAAGCAGAGAAGGAAAUUCAGAAGUGGGUCCAGAAAUACGACACAGUCAUGACAGAAAAACAGGCCACAUAUGAGGAGGUCCAGGCUGUCUACAACGAGGAGAAGAAACAGUUGUCCCUGCUGAUGGAGAAACACGCAAUCCUGCUCCAGGAGUACACUGAGAUUGAGGAGGAGCGCAGGAUGCUCAAGGAGAAGGAGGAGGAAGCUGCACGGGAAGAGGCCAGGAGGAACGAUGCUGCCACCUGCAUCCAGGCCUUCUGGAAAGGCUACUUGGUGCGGUCCAUCUACAAGUCAAAACUGAAGAAGGGAAAGGGCAAGGGCAAGAAAUAAAGCCCCAAAUCCCUUUUCCCUCCAUGGUAAAGCUGCUGUGUAUGAGCUCUUCCAGAUAAAAGCAUUGAGAAUUGUUAA